CGAGUUAUGUCUGAAUUAAAUUUAAUAUAAUAUAUGGUAUCAGCCUCUUCAUCCAUUCAAAUGUUGGAUCUUUUAUAAAUAUUUAUAGUAAAAAUCCUGGAUGUGAUAAGCACUCCUCCCUGUCUUGAACCGGCUUUUGCUUUCUCAAACCCUUUUAUCUCUUCCUUAUAAAAGACAUGUACUCCAUUUUCUAGUUUGUUGCUAUGUCAUUUAAAUGCAGUCUUUGUUAGGUGUUUUCUAACCUUAACAGUUUCCUUCUUGAAAAUAAAACCUUGAUUUAGUAUUGGGUUUGAAAUGUUUUUCUUGUUUUCUUGUAUAAGUUGAAGAAAUGGCAAUUGAACUAUGUUCAGAUAAUUCUGCUGGUUUUAGUCCAAGGAUUUCGUUUUCUCAUGACUUGUGCCUUUCAGACACUGUUCCUGUUGAGCAACGUCCUCUUCGAUCAAAUUCAGUGGGCAGCAUCGAUUUUGACUUCUGCACUCGUAAGAGCUUCGAUCAAGAAUCAUCACCAGCAGAUGAGCUUUUCUCAAAUGGAAAGAUUCUUCCUACAGAAAUCAAGAAAAAGACAGCCCCAUCGAAGCUGACACAUGGUCUUCGCGAAGAUACUUCACACAAGAAUGUUAAAGAGACGAUGAAAGACAUGAAGAGUACAAGUGACGAACUGACAGAGGAGAAGCGAAUUUCAAAGUCAUUUUGGCUGUUCAAGAGGAGCAGCAGUUUGAAUUGUGUGAGUGGCUAUGGAAGAAGCUUAUGUCCUUUGCCACUUCUAUCAAGAAGCAACUCUACUGGUUCUGCACCUACAAACUUAAAAAGGGUGCCAUUGUCAAGAGAUAGCCAUACUAGUUAUAGUCAUAAGCAGCACAAACACGCAGUCAUGAAGCAUCAAUCAUCAUCAUCAUCUUCAAACGGUUACCAAAAACCUCCAUUAAAGAAGAACUAUGGAUCUUAUGGCAAUGGGGUUCGCGUUAAUCCUGUGUUAAAUGUUCCAUCAGGAAAUCUAUUUGGCUUGGGUUCAAAAUUCUUCAAUGGCAAAGACAAGAACAAGAAGAAGUGAUCGACAUAUAUUUGCUCUAAUAAAUAAUCUGAAAGAAAAUUAUACUUUUUUUUGUGGGUUGAAUUUUUUUCAUGAAAUUAUAUCACCUAGAUCUUGCUAUUAAUUUCUUGAUGAUUUACGCUUUGAAGACAAAGGGACAUUGAAAGGUGGGAUGGAAGGAUAGAGGGACCUGGAGAAGAUGAUAUAAUUCAAAAGCACAUCCUUUGAAGCACAAAAUGACAGGGUAAGCUAACCAUUGCUUUCAUGGUUGUCUUUUUCUGUAAAUUUUGCCUUCCAUAUUUUCUGAUCACAAAUGAUGUGUACAUGCUUUGAUUUGCGUUCCUUGUUUCAAUUAAUACAAUCUCAAGAGCAAGAUAUUAAAUUAAAUUACUGAUAAGAUCUAAUAUGUUAACCCAAAGAGAUCGCUUGACUGUCAAUAAAUCCUCAGAAAUAUGAGCUUUAGUUCAUGUUUUUACA